AUGUAUACGCCGUCGAAUGGAGACAAUUUUCAAUCUAAGAAGCGAAAACGCUCCUGUUUUGAGAUUCGAGAGGAGUCAAUUGCAGAUUUCAUUGAUAAAGGCCUUAUUACACCGGAUUGUGCAGUAUCAUGCUUUAAUACGUUCUUCCAAGGAUGUGACAGAUAUAUCCCAAUUUUCGACCCAGACUACGAUACCUUCGAUUCCGUCCGAGCUCGAAGCAGUAUUCUAUUGAAUGCCAUCUGCACCAUUGGCUGCAUGGUUGAAACGAGAACCGGUGGUCCAACGUCGGAUAUGCUUCACGCGGAACUCAAAAAAUGGAUCAAUGUGAUCAUCCAAAAUAAAGGACUGAACUGCCUCGAGUCAGUCCAAGCAAUGCUAAUUGUGGCGUGCUACUCCGCAGAUCGACUACUCAUUCUAUCUUUUGCUACUCGAAUGGCACUUGACUUGGAGCUUCAUGACGCAUUUGAGGAGCUGACUGAGCGGCUGGCGUAUAAGAAUGACGAGGACGCAGCAGGAAUCUUGGAUCAUGACUUUGAUCGGGAAAGGGAUUUGAUGCGCAAGUCGAGGACUUGGUUUGGGCUUUUGGUUUUAGAGCAUAUAGCCACUAUUAAUGAUAAUCUGGGUCCAGGAACAAAGCUCGAUGGUCCUGGGAUCGCCGAUUUCGUUCACGAAAUGAAAGUGGAUUUGGACAUAUGGUUUGACGAUUGGAUAAGGAUUAUUGAGAACUCAAUUGCCGCAAACGAAGAAAAGCCGUACCUUCUAGCAGCUCUUCGAGUACAGAAAUGCUGGGCGGAGAUGAUGCUAAAUUGCAAAGCCCUUCGGGCCAUGGGCGUCGAGAACGUGGCAACUAUGUCGCCAACCGAACGCAAAAUCCUCCUCACAGCAAAAGCAAGCGCUCGACGACAUCUCCGCCUAAUGGUAGUUGAGCCUGACUUCUACCUCGCCAAACUGAAAUACGCCAUGGAUUUCGUCUGGGCAAAAUGUGCAUUCGCUUUCCUCCUACUCCUGAAACUCUCUCGACUCCUACCCGAGCGUGACGAAGAGCAUGAAGAGCUUUUAGAACACGGAACCCGACUCGUUCAUGAGCUGAGCAAAGCAGGCUCAAAUACUAACCAAUCUGGAGCCGGGAAUAUCUAUCUCCAAAUUCUCAAAGUUAGUAUUGAGAAAUAUGGUCGUGCUUUACGAGAAUCACAACAGCCAAGUACUGGUGGUACAGCAGCAACGUCACCAUUUUGGGAACUUUUUGAUGCACAGGCGGAUCUUCAAUGGUUUGUACCGGAGCAAUUCGUCUCGGAGUGGGACUUUCCCGGAUUGAAUCUGUUCUAUUUUCCUACCGCGUGGCAGGAUUUCUUCGGGGAUUUCUCGCUUGCUAUGUAG